UUCUUGGUUUCCCCCCGUCGUCUCCCUCUGUCGACGCCGUCCCUUCUACAACAAUCAUGUCUGCCACUGCUGGAAAGCCCAUUAAAUGCAAAGCCGCUGUCUGUUGGGGCGCGGGUGAACCCCUCAAAAUCGAGGAGGUUGAAGUAGCGCCUCCAAGAGCUCACGAAGUUAGGAUCAAGAUAUUACAUACCGGUAUUUGUCACACAGACGAAUAUACUCGAAGUGGAAAAGACCCUGAGGGUCUCUUCCCUGUUAUUUUGGGACAUGAAGGCGGGGGAAUGGUCGAGUCGGUUGGUGAAGGUGUGACCAGUGUCGCUGUUGGCGAUCAUGUUGUUCCUUUGUACACAGCUGAGUGCAGAGAGUGCAAAUUUUGCAAGAGUGGAAAGACCAAUCUUUGCGGCAAAGUCCGCUCCACUCAAGGCCAGGGUUUGAUGCCCGACAGCACGAGUCGUUUCAGCAUUGACGGCAAGCCUAUCCAUCACUUUAUGGGGACCUCAACGUUCUCUCAAUAUACCGUCGUGGCAGACGUCUCCGUUGUAGCUGUUGACAAGAAAGCAUCCCUCGAGAAAGUCUGCCUUCUCGGCUGUGGUAUCACUACCGCUUGGGGUUCGGUCGUCAAACAGCCUGGAAUCAAGGGAUCUACCGUUGCAGUCUUUGGCUGCGGUGCCAUCGGUCUUGGCGUCAUUAACACUUCUGCUCUCGUCCACGCAAGUCGUAUAAUCGCAAUCGACACCAACCCAGGUAAAGAAUCAUGGGCUAAAAAGUUUGGUGCACACGAAUUCGUCAAUCCCACCAAGCUACCCGAGGGAAAGAGAAUUCAAGACUACUUGAUCGAGAUUACCGAUGGAGGGCUUGAUUACACGUUCGAUUGUACCGGUAACGUUCAUGUGAUGAGAGCUGCACUUGAGGCUUGCCACAAGGGAUGGGGUGUGUCUACCAUUAUUGGGGUUGCAGCUGCUGGGCAGGAGAUCUCUACGAGACCUUUCCAACUCGUUACGGGGCGCACCUGGCGUGGGUCGGCGUUCGGUGGAGUCAAGGGUCGUACCGAGAUUCCUGGUCUUGUCGAGGAUUAUCUCAGUGGCAAAGUCAAGAUAGACGAAUAUGUCACACACCACAGGAAAUUGUCGGAAAUUAAUGAAGGAUUCCAUGACAUGCAUGCUGGUGAUUGCAUUCGUUGUGUGGUUGACAUGGAGCAGCAGUAA